AUCCCUAGCCGUUGGAUUAUAGCUCCUACCAUUGUUCUUCUCCCUUUCCUCCCAUCUCACAGCCAAGUUUUCCCUUUUAAAUCCUAAAGCCUUCUCAACAAAAUCAACAAUUAACAGUUCACUACAUCGUCUUCUUCUCACUCUCUUCUUCGCUUUCUCUUAAAUAAUACGAAAGCUAAAAGAAAAAGCUCUAAAUUUCAAUGGCGACGGAAGAAAUUAGUCGAACUCAAGGCCUCAAUCCUUCACAACAAUCUUCUUCACUUCCAGACUACCCUCAGAUGAUUUUGGAAGCCAUAGAGGCAUUGAAUGAGAAAGAGGGUUCCAGUAUGUCAUCCAUCGCCAAGCACAUCGACUCCACUCACUCCGAUCUCCCAGCGUCUCACUCCACUCUCCUCUUCCACCACCUCAACCAGAUGAAACAAAUGGGUCAAAUUGUUAUGUUAAACAACAAUUACUCGAAACCCGACCCCAAUGCCCCACCCAAGCGUGGACGUGGACGUCCACCUAAACCCAAGGUUCCUCUUCCACCUGGCGUCGUCGUCUCUUCUCCCAGACCUCGUGGUCGUCCGCCUAAGCCGAAGGACUUAUUGGCUCCCCCCAAGCCCAAACCCGUCAGCACCGGAAGGCCACGUGGACGCCCCCCUAAGAAGGCUAAGACUGGUACCGCCACCGCUCCUCCACCUCCUCCCGGUGUGAAGCGAGGCCGCGGUCGACCUCCGAAAGUGUUACCGUCGGUGGGUUUUCAGUAAAGUAGGCAAGUUAAUAAAUCAAAGAGAAUGGAGAAAAUGACUCAUUCCGUCACUACUCCUACCCCUGCCGCGUUAGGUGUAAUAAUUUUUUAACCUUAAUUUUUUAGGUGUCGUUUAGUUAUCUGCUAAUUGACGUUUUAGCUUUUUCGUUUUUUUCUUUUAGUUAACUUUGGGUGGAGUACUGUAAUGAAUUUAGUGUAGGGUUUAGAUUUUACUUGAGUUAAGACUCUUUGUAAUUUCCAUGUAAUUGUUAAGGAUUUUUUUUUAAUGAAUUACAGUAUGAUAUUUUAA